ACCAAGCAGGGCUCGAGCUGGGAGGUUCCUCCCCCUCCGGGCUGUUUCCCCCGAACCUGGCUGAGUCGGAGAGCCGGGGGCGGCAGAGCGGGAGGAGAAAGGUGCAGGACUGGUCCCCGGCUUGGGAGAAUCGAACCCCACCUCCCGAUGCACCCUCCCCGCCAAAAUAGGCUACAGGAUCCGCCAGGGAGGAGAUAGGCCUUGGCCUGGGAGAGCCGGACCCAGGGAGGAUCUCCGAACCCCAGCGGCCGAGAGAGGGGCCGCUGUACCCCGAGCUUCACGGCUCCCUCCUAAGCCGCUGUGCCCCGCCCCUGGAAAGCUUGGGGCUAAGCAGCCAUCCCCCUCCCUCCACCUUCUCGCCAUCCCCAUCCCCCACGCUGACUUUCCCUUUCUUCGUGCUGCAGCUGCAGCUGGAGAGACUCAGCAAUCAUCGUUUCCUUUUUGCCUCUUGGAUGGAAACUUUAGAGUUGGUUUUGAACUUGGCCGGUGUAGCCAGAUGCUCCCUCUUGAGAUCCGGUUCCCAGCGUGCCCUUGGGGGAUCUGUUUCUGAUGACCUGGUCUGAUUGCCACAGCCACAACAGCAGCAGUCCAGGAGAGGGCUUGGCCAGGCUCAACAGGCGAUUGCUUUGCUGACGGUGCUCUCCCUGGGAGAAGCUGGCAGGUCCUCCAGCCCAGCAAGGAGAUGUUCCUGGGACAUCUCAUCCAAAGUCACAGGUCUCACAACCUGCAGCUUUCAGGAGCAGGCUCGGCAAAGAUCCAGGCCCUAGGCCCAGCAUCAAUUUGGGACAGCAUGAGAACACACAAGAUUCAGUUACACCAAUGCAUGAAAACAACCAGACUGGCAGGUGUAAGUGCCCACCUUCCAUCCUGAGACGGAAACCACCAGAGUGCCCUAUAACAGGUGACAGGAGAAGGGCUGAAAGGCGGGUACGCUUCCAAGAGCCUGCGGAGACGGCUGUGCAUGGUAAAACACAGUGCCUCCCCUCAGAGAGGCAGCUAGGUGGACCAGUAAGGAGAGCACUGCCUAUUCAUCACCAUCAUCGAUUUAGACCUGGAAGCAACCUUAGAGGAUUCCUUAUUCAGCCCCCUCAUUUUACAGACAUCUCCUGCGUUGACACCAUCAUAGAGGCUGACAUUGACCAGGGACUCCCCUUCUCCUUUGAACUGGGCCCAGGAACUCCCACUACUUGGCCAUGCAGUUUUCCUCUCCGGGCCCCGGACAGGUGGUCAUCUGGAUGCCCUCUCUUCCUGUGCCUCUGCCUUUUUAUCCUGCUUGGCCUAGCCCUGAGUCUCUAUUGUGGUCAGGCCAGGCUGGGUUCCAAAGCCCUGGAGGAAUUCCGAGCCUGGCUCCUCCUCUUCCUCCUCCGGGUAAGACAUGUGGCUAUGACCUUCUGGAAGUGGUUUGGGAGACAAUGACAGGAGCUUCCACAGAGUCCCAGCAUUUGUACAGAUGCCAUUCUUCUGCCUUUACCAGUUUGAGGAACAUCUUCAGUUGCUAUUUGGGAAAGUGACUUCUACAUGACUUCUACAGCCCUACACCCUCCAAGGCAAUGAAUGGUGUCUGAGCCUGGAAUAUGGGGCAUUCUGGUCCUAAGUCCCAGGAGGCUGAGGGCUUCCGAGCAGCAUAUUCAAAUUCAAGGAGAAACAAACAGUGGAUCUGCUGAGAAACCUCCAAGCACCAAGACCCAUGUUCUAAAGGGUUCUCCAGGGCCAGUUAUGAGAAUUUCCCACUAUCACUACUACAAUACACAUGCAUGCACACAGAGAGAGAGACAGAGACAGAGAUAGAGACAGAGGGAGAUAGAGAGAGACAGAGAGAGAAGUUCAGAGCUGGAAAUGAUCUCAGAGAACAUCAGGUUCAACUUGUAGUUACCUGGAGGAAUACCUUCUACAACGCGUCCCACAAGAGAUCAUCUAGCCUCCACCUGAGCAUUUCUAUUGAUGAAGAUCUCAUUACAUUCAGAGGCAAACCCCUCCACUUUUGGUCAAUUCUAAUCUAGGGACUUUUUCCUUCUAUUGUGCUAAAAAAUCUGCCUCUCCUUGACUUUCACCCAUUGCUCCUGAUUCUGCGCUCUGGGCCAAACAGAAUAAGUCUCUCCCACGAUACCCCUUCAGGUCAUUGAAUGUAGUGACCUGAGUAUCUGCUGAGCUUUCUCUUCUCUAAGCUAGAUAUCCCCAGAUCUGUCAACACAUCCUCAUAUAGGGUAGUCUUCAAUCCUCAUCAUUUGGAUCAUUCUCCUCUCAACAUACUCCAACUUUUCAGUGUCUUUCCUAAUACAUGGCACACUGAAGUUAAUACCAGCUGUGUGCUUACCAUGGCAGAAGUCAGCCAGACCAUUGCCUCCUUCAUUCUGGACUCUUUCAAUGAGUCUGUUCUGGACUCUUUUAAUGAAACCUAUAAUUGCAUUUGCUAUUUUGUUUACCAUGUCAUCCUGUUGACUCUUAUCAAGCUUGUGGUCAGUCCAUUAAGAAUCCCAAGUAUCUCUUUUUAAUACACAUGUAUAGUUAUACCCACUCACACAUACACACACACCCAUGCAUGCACAUGCGCACAUGCACACACAUACACACACACACACACACACACACACACACACACUCCUCUAGACUUCUUGGAAGCCCACACACUGCCAGGUUAAACUGCUGUUCGACUAAUCACAAAUUGAAUUUGUAUUACUACAAUUUUUGUCAGAGAACAUUGGAUCUUAGGCACAAUACUCUCAAUCGUUAAAGAAAGUUUCAUUUGUUUAUCCACAAAUAAAUUCCACUCUGUUUUCCAAAUUUUUCACCUUUCUCCAGUUCAACUUAAUCCCAUUCAAUAAACAUGAAGUGAUUACUACAGGCAAGGUGAAGGGCAGCCAGGGUAUGGUAGAUAGAGAGAUGGCCUUGGAGCCAAAAAGACCUGACUUCAAUUCCUAUCCCUGAUACAUAUUAGCUGUGUGACCAUAGGCAAGUAACAUAAUCUCCCAUGCCCUAAGACUUCUCAAGACUAUAAGUUACAGAUGUGUUGCUGGUCAGCAGUGUGAAAGAGCUUUCUACAAUGAAAUUUCACCUAUGAAAUCACAUCUGGACAAAAUAAAAUGUAUGACACUGUGCUAA